AUGAAGACCUGCGAAUGUCAAGUGGACAUUUUUCGCUAUCCAGUGGUUGUUAGGGCAACAACUUACAUGGGCUGCCGCAUUCCAGCAGAACGCUGCCGAUUAACUGCUGUUGAUCGCGUAUUUACUCGUCUUGGGGCCAGUGAUCGCUUACUUGCUGGUGAGAGCACUUUCAUGGUUGAAUUAGCUGAGACUGCGGCAAUUAUCCGUCAUGCCAGUCGUCAUAGUCUUGUUCUCAUGGAUGAGUUGGGUCGUGGCACUUCGACUCAUGAUGGCGCUGCCUUAGCUGGUGCCGUGCUUCAUCGCUUAUCUACCGGCAAUCUUGCUUUAUCUCCGCAUCAGGUCCGUUAUACUUCUUCUUAUUUGUGA